CGAAAUCAUCUACGAGAGCAGCAUUAUUUGGUAGGAGGCAGCAAAGGGUGUUCGCGGCGGCAAUACUCAUCAUGUUUUCUGCGCUGACGACGGCAACGAUGACGAAACGAGGGCUCGGACUCGUAGUAACCGUAUCCGCGGCAAGAGAGGGGCGACGGACCACCUACGGAUCGGCGAGGCGUUUCGGAUCACGAACGCAUGCAUUCAUAGCGACAGGAACCAGAGCAAGAACGCCGUCGAAAGAAACCCCGUCGUUUUCGUCCAGGCCCUUCCAACCGCACGCGCGACAAAGGCCGUUUUCGUCGCAAUCGGUUGUUGCUUCCGAGGGUGGCGGGAACGACGACGGAUUCUUUGCCGAUCCCGAGGUGACCUUCGAAUCGCUAGGGGUCCGGUCUCCCGUCUUGCUGGAGCGCCUCGAAUCUCUCGGCCUGGCGCAGCCGACGCAGAUACAGGCCAAGACCUAUUCCAAAAUCCUCGAACGGAACGAAGACUCCGCGCUGUGGGCCAACGACGUCACGAUCGGCGCCGAAACCGGGAGCGGCAAGACCCUGGCCUACCUGCUGCCCCUGCUGGACGAGAUCCUAGAGGAAAAGUCGCGGGGCAGCGGCGGCCUCCCCUCGUACGAUUACGCCCGGGCCAUCGUCCUGGUCCCCAACAAGGAGCUCGUCCAGCAGGUCCUGCGCAUGGCGGUCCCCCUGUGCGGGGGGAGCAUCGAGGAGGCGGUGGUCUGGGCCCAGGGGGGUCCCGGCCUCAUGCAGCAGCUCGGUCCCCUGGCGGCCUCGSYCACCAAGGGCGCCACCGAUCCCUCGGAGAUUGUCCGCCUGGCGGUCAUGCCGGGCGCCCUCAAGGAGCCAAUGGACUUCAAACCCUUUCGGGAUUCGAUCGGCUUUGGCGGGGACAACCCGCCCGUGGACAUUGUGGUGAGCACGCCCGCGGCGCUGGGCCCGCUGGGACUCCCCCCCAAGUUCAUCGAUCUCUUUGCGGACGUCAAGACGCUGGUGGUGGACGAGGCCGACAUGCUCCUCGACGGGGGAUACAUCCGGGCGCUGGAAAACGUCCUGAUCGGCUUUCGCCGGGCCGACAGGCUGGUCGAUCCCAGCGCGGAUCCCAGCGAUCCGGGCACCAUCCGAAAGACCCAGCACAUCUUUUGCGCGGCCACCCUUCCGGACGUCGGGCUCAAGAGCGUCAACGCCUACCUGGARCGAAGGUUCCCGUACGCCAACCGCAUCGAAACGGGCAACAUGCACAACGCCAARCACUACGGCCUGUCCAAGGCCACCAAGUGGUACCAGGUCGAGACCAAGAAGGAACGAAUGGAACGCCUGGCCGAGUUGCUGGUGACCGAGCGCGACGAGAACAACGAGGACGGGCUSAAGGGAGAAAAGACCAUGGUCUUUCUGAACAGCGUCGACGACGUGGAGGGGGUCCACCAGGCCCUGGUCCAGCGCGGCGUCGACGCGGUGUCCUACCACGCCAAGAUUUCACUGAACGAGCGAUCGGAGAACCUGGACCGCUUCCGGAGGUUUUCCAGCGAAAACGAGAAGGACAACGACGGCGACGCGGUGCCGGUGCUGGUGUGCACCGACCUGGCGAGCCGCGGGCUGGACGUCCCGGGGGUCACCGCCGUCGUCCAGCUGCAGUUCUCCGGAAACGUCGUCUCCCACCUGCACCGGAUGGGGCGCUGCGGCCGUGCCGGCCAGCGGACCGGCCGGGGCAUCGUCUUUUACGACGAGCAGGAAGCCGAGCUGGUGGACGUCGUCCGGGAGGCCGAGCACCAGCAGGAGCGGAUGAAGCUGGAGGGACAGGAGGUCGACGACCGGCUCGGAGAGGGCGGCGRCAGCGAGGAGGCCGCGGCGCGAAAGGGCAAGGUCCAAAAGGCCUUUUCGAGAAAGCGCGGGUUUACCAAGAAGCGCAAGAAGCUGAGGCGCGAGGAGUCGGAGUCCUACUAGCCGGGACCAGCAGAGCAGCGCACCGCCUUGGWCCGUGCCGUAGCAUCACUCUCUAUCUAACUAGUAGGCUCAAACGAACAAGUAGA